GACCUCGACAGCAUAACACGUGAAUACUAUGUCGCGAUUAAGUGUUCUAGUGCGCGAAUAUAUCGUCGCGGGUUCUUACGCGGACCCGAAUAUCGAUCGCGAGAAAUAUUUAUCUCGCGUAUUGGAAAACGACGACGAGGAAAACUGUAAUUUAUUUUAUAACUUCGCUUGCGAAUGCAGCAGCAUGCUACUCGUGUUGCUGUUUAACAGCGGAAGACUUUGUAACGAUCGGAUCCAAGAAAUUGUGAGGGAAAUCCUCAUAAUCAGACGUGAUUUUGGGGAGGAAAUGGAGGAUGUCUGGGGUAUGAUCGGGGUUGUACUCAACCAUACUAGCCCAGGAAAUUCGAACAAACAUAUGAUUUUCUCGCCUAUAAGAACAGCGGUAGAAGACGUCGAUAACGACGUGGAAAAUCAUCCAAAACGAGCAAGUUAACAAAGAAGAAAUAAAAAGAGAAACAUUAAUACAUUAAAAAAAUGUUUAUUUAUAAAGGUUUACAACUCUCUCCGGGGCGCUGAAACCACCAAUUGAAUAUUUUUAAUACAUUCUGUAAAGCACAAUGCUUAUCCUUACUAUCGAAUA